GGUUAGCUUUAUACAUUGAAACAUUGCUAGUGCAGAAAAGGAAGCCUAUUUCAUUGAUAACUUAGGACCAAAACCUGAACUGGGAUAAGCCGUCGAAUUUUGCUAUUAGUCUCUCAACUUUUAGCUACAACAAUAUGACAACGAAUUAUGUUAGAAUUAAUCCCCCGGUUGUUGAGUUUACCGACGUAAAAGCAGGGAAGGUUUACAAGACCACUGUCACGGUGACCAACACUGGAAUUACCUCGAAAAGAAUGAGACUGCUUGAACCCACAUCAAAGCUGUUCAAAUUCAGGGUGACAAACACAGAAACCCCCAUUGCUGCUGGAUUGUCCCUGAGUGGCACUCUAGAGUUCAGGCCUGAGAAAGAUGAGGAUGUCUGUGACCGUCUGCUCCUUGUCCUGGAAGACAAAGCCAUGGAGAUCCCCCUCUUAGCGUUCUCCCCGGCGUGUUCUCUCACCAUGGAAUCUCUCGCUGAUUUCGGCUCUGUGAUGGCAAACAGUCAGGUGAUCAGCAAAGAGGUGGAAUUGACCAAUCAGGGAUCUGCUCCAGGAGCUUUUCAGGUGCUGUAUGAUGGAGACCAGUCCAUCAGGCUCUCUCCCAGCAGUGGCGUCCUGCAGUCUGGCGCAACCCAGUGGCUGAAGGUGGAACUCUGCACUGACAGACCCACGAGGGUCAGAGAGGAGGCCCAGGUGAAGCUGCAGAACAGUAAGGACGUGGUCCUGAAGAUCAGGGCUGAUGUUUUGGAGCAGAGCCUGGAGCUCCAGGACCUAGAGGGGGAGAGGUUGUCCUGCCUCCGCUUCGGACCCGUCUUCUUUGGGACGUCCCGGGUGGAAAAGGUGGUUCUGGUGAACAAUGGACCACAGGCCUGCGACUGGAUGGUGGUGCUGCAGGACGAUGCUCCAGGGACAGAAAUGGGCUUUGACCUCCAGAGGAGUACAGACGCAGCGCUGCUAGAGAGGAGUGUUCGUAACAGGGCCACCGCUGUGGAUCCCUCCACUGUGAUCGCCUGUGUGCCCAACGAGGGACGACUGAGACCCUACGACAGAACCACUCUGUGGGUCUGCUUCCGUCCUGUCAGCAGAAGAAGGAGCAGGGAGGAGCAGAACACCAGUGGGGCCUCAGCAGCAGCCAGUAAACAAGACUACUCACUCUUCCUCAAGUUUCAGACAGUGGGAAGUAAAGAUGGCUUCAACCACCAGCAGCACUCCACUGUACCUCCCCACAAUGGUUACUGUGUGGAGCUGGCGGUGACUGGCUCAGCCCUCCCUGUCUCCCUGGUGCCCAGCCCCGGCCACAGCUUCAGCUUCCAGCAGUGCCUGAUGGGAGAGCGUGUGGACGUCCUGUGUGUGCUCCGCAACCUCUCCCCUCUACUCCCUGUCACCUUCAAGUUCCGAAAGAUGGCCAACUUCAUCAGUGACCCCACUAGUGGAACCAUCUCCCCAGGACAAAGCCAGGACGUGGUGCUGUCCUUCGCCCCCCACCAGAUGGGGAUGUUCAAGGUGAAACAGGUGCUGGAGCUGCUGGGUCAGGUGGUACACCUGGAGCCCUCCUCCAUCAAGCUCCGCCUCCGCAGCUUCCACACCAUCACCCUGCACCUGUCAGCUGUUUGCCGAGCGCAGACCGCAUGCGAGACACCCAAACUCAACCCCGGAAUCACCCCGGCUGUGACCAAUGAGACAGGCCAGUAUGCCCGGGUGCCCUCCAGUGAGCUGGGCAGGUGUGUGGGAUUGGUGCGGGCAGCUGUCCUCAGCACGGCCAAGACCCGGCUCCACAGCCACGGUCAGAGCCAGAGCCACCGUAGGAACCAGAGUCUCGACGGUAGCCGGCGAGAGCUACUGGCCUUCCCCAACGACAGGGCCUGCAGCAACCGCCCUGCCUCUCCAGACACCACCUACAGGACCAUCUUCACGGGGGUGGAGCGUUACCGCUACGAGGACCCUGACUUUUCCUUCACGAAGGAGGAGGAGCAGCAGAGACAGAGACACAGAGAUCACUACCUAGCCUUCAUCAGGAGCCUGCGAAAGACACGCUUGCAGAAAACCACUGCGAGGCUGCAUGGUGAGGUGGAGGACAACGUAGACAUUGGGCUCCGGCCUGCCGCAGGACUCCUCACCCCCCAGCUCUCUCUGAGGGACCUGGAGUCCAAUCACAGCCAGGAGGGGCAUAGCGUCGACCAGGGACAUAGCCAGCUAUUGACCACCUGUAUGCUGGCUGCCAUGGAGACCAGGUCCAGAUUCAGACAGGUGACAGAGGGCAUCAAUGCACUACCCUCCACCAACCAGGAGGUGUCAGACUGCAGUCGCACCCUGACAGUUCAGCAGCUCCACCAUGUAGUCAUAGGCCCGUCCUUAAUAGAUUUUGGUGAGGUGUGUGUGGCCUCAGUGUGUGUGAGGAACCUGGACCUGGUGAACAACCUGCAGGUGUAUGUGUGGGUGCAGCUGGAGUUAGACUGCUGUCCUGAGCUGCAGCGCUCCAGUCCACUGUCCCACGUGCUGCCCCCCCUCUCCAGAGCCACCCUGCCCCUCGUCUUAGAGAGCACCAAGCUGGGAAAGUUCCACAAGUCAAUCUCCUACACGGUGAAUAGUCAUCACCGAAGCCAUGUCCUGGUUCAGUCCCAGCUGGUCCCUGUGGUCCUCCAGCUGUCCCAGAGCCAGGUGGUCCUGUCCCCUUCCCCCAGCUACCUGGCCCAGUCGGGCUACAGGGGUACUGUGACCCUGGUCAACCCCAGGAACCACCCGGCUGACUUCACCUGGAGGCCUAUCAUCACAGAGACGGGCCUGGCCUUCUCCAUACGCCCAGCCACAGGUACUGUGGAGGCGUACAGGGAGUUAGACUGUGAGGUGAUGUGGCAUCCCUCUUUCUCCUCUCCUCUGGAGGGACAGUUUGACCUGUGUGUUCACCAGGGAAACACCGCACAGCUACGAUGUCUGGCCAAGCUUGGUUCAUCCAGUGUGCAGCUGGCUGAGAAACAUCUGGUGUUUGGAUCAGUACCUCUCAUCUUCCCCUCCGUCAGGACCGCAACGCUACACAACACAGGACACAACCAUGCCUACUUCCAGGUGUUGGACGUGUACCCCCUGCCUGGCAUGGUGGUGACCCCCACCGAGGGUGUGGUACCUGUGGGGGGGCAGGCAGAGGUCCAGGUGCACCUCAACCCCGGAGCUGUCAUGAAGUUUGACACCAGAGUGGAGGUGAAGGAAACAGACACACAACAAGUCUGUACAAACACACAACAUAUUAAAAAGUCUCUACAAACACACAACAUAUCAUACUUGUCUAACGAGGUGUGUGUGUUGCAGAUAGCUCUAAGGAACAUUAAAUCUCUGGAGCUGAGAGUGGGCGGGUCGGUCGAGCCCCCCCUGGUGGACAUCAACGUGGUGAGUUCAUAUGUGGAGCCCCCCCCCCCCCCCCUGGUGAACAUCAACGUGGUGAGUUCAUAUGUGGAGCCCCCCCCCCCUCUGGUGGACAUCAACGUGUUAUCCUCCUCCUCCUCUCAGAAAUCCUUCCUGUUCCACGGAGUGUAUUCUGGUUCCAGUCGUGGCGUUCCGUUCUCCCUGAGGAACCGAUCCUCUGCCCUGGCCCGGGUCCAGUUUGACCUGUCAGAACACACUGACUUCACCAUCCACCUCCCUCCACACUCUGCAGGUACGAGCCAGGAGCCAGACGUGUUUGUGAUGGAUUUACAGGGGCAGCAGACUGCCCAGUGUUGCCUGGUGUUCUCCCCUAAACAAGUGGCAGCGUAUGACUUCAACCUGCCUGUGACGGUCAACGGUGUGGGCAUGCCUCCCUUCUCCUCUUCCUCCUCCUCCGCCCCUCCCAACUCUGUCCCCAAGUCCUCCUCUUCCCGGGACCAACACAUCGUCACCCCGCGCCCACUGCCCAUCACCAUGGAGACGCUAUCACGCAGGGUGCAGGCCACAGCCCUGUGUGUCCCGCUGGAGAUGUCACCAUCAAGUCUCCAGUUUGAUCUGGAGCCCUUUAGCUCAGUUACUACUACCUCACAAACUCAGACCGUAGAGCUGAGGAACGUGUCUGACAAGAGGCUGAGCUGGAGGAUUGACUGCAGCGCUGCAGUAACACCAGGAGAGGGCAGUAGCACCAGCAGCAAUGAGGGGCUGUUCACGGUCUGUCCUACUGUUGGGACACUGGAGCCACUGCAGUGUGUGUCGGUCACUGUCUCCCUCUCUCCUGAGAGAGUCCCACCAGUUACAGCGGGUCAGAUCAAGGUGUCCCUCCCUCUGUUUCUGUCUGAGGAGGGGCAGGAGGAGAGAGAGGGGGAGGAGGGGGGAGCCCCUCACCCCUACAGGGUGCUGUCUCUCAGUGCCACCCCUCACCCCCCCAGCAUCACCUUCCUCCCCCCUCGAGUCCUCCUCACCCCUGUCCCUCUGGACACACCCUCCACCACCACCCUCUUCCUGCUCCCCACCGGGUACCCCAGUGGUUCCUGUCUGCGUGUGGAGGUGGAGGAGAUGGUUCUGAAGGAUGGCAGUCGGGUGAAGCCCCUCUCAGUCAGCCUGCCACACAACGGCACCGUGCCUCCCCAGACCCACACUGAGCCCCAGACCCACACAGAGCCCCGGACCCACACAGAGCCCCAGACCCACACAGAGCCCCAGACCCCCAUCACCUGCACAGUGACCUUCUGCUCACCUCAGCCCCUGGACCUCAGCUCACACAUCACAUUCCUGGACCACCUCAACAACAGGUUCAGGGUGGAGGUCUGUGCUACAGCAGAUAACAGUUUGUUGACAGUGUGGCCCUACCUGGCUCUGCACCGCUCUGAGCAGCAGAUAGUCCUCAAGAGUGGUUGUCUGAGCGGCUGCAGCGGCGAAUCAGGGCCCUCUCAGAUGACAGGGAAGGCGGUGCUACAGCCAUGCUACUCCCCCAGCCCUCUCUCUCGCUACACUUCCUCCUCCUCCACCUUCACUUUCCUCUCCUCCACCAGUAAUCACUCCACCUCUGGUGAGACACACCUCUACAGCUACACUGCUACUUCCCCAGCCCUCUCUCUCGCUACACUUCCUCCUCAUCCACCUUCGCUUUCCUCUCCUCCACCAGUAAUGACUCCACCUCUGGUGAGACACACCUCUACAGCUACACUGCUACUCCCCCAGCCCUCUCUCUCGCUACACUUCCUCCUCCUCCACCUUCGCUUUUUCCUCUCCUCCACCAGUAAUCACUCCACCUCUGGUGAGACACACCUCCACAGCUACACUGCUACACACCAGACCUGGUCAAAUACAGUAUGUAAAAUUGACCUGCCUUCAGACUCUGGAGACAGCAGGAGUAGGACUGGGAGUGCAGGACCAGGACCUAGAGGGAAGGAGGACUGGCCCCAGAAGGAGACAGAGGGUGAAAGAGAGACGGAUGGUGUGACUGACCAGCAACAGUGGCAGCAGCAGGGUAUACCAGUGUUUCCAGGGCAGGACUCAGAGGAGGGGUUGUACUACCACAGCAUCCUGCAGGCCGUACAGAAGUGGUUCAGUCAGUUUGGCUGGCCCCGUGGACCAAACCCCAUCUCUCUACCAUGCUCUCUCAGAAGGGUGGUAUGUAGAGUCCAGACAGUAGACUCCAGCUCUAGUGAGUGGAGGAACUCGUACCUUAUGAGUCAAGGUAAAGACACACGGACCAUCUACGACAUGCUGCGUCACCUGAGCGGACAGACACUUCCUGGUGUGAGCACCAACCAAUCGCUGCCCUGCAACCUCACUGAGCGCGUGCAGCAGCUGCUCCACUGGAACACAGUGCUGCUGGCCUUCCUCAGGAGGCAGGGAGCCUGUCUGUCCCACAUCAGACCCGAGUACCUGUUAGACUCCCAGGAGUUCAGCCACUGGAGCUCUCUACAGGCCCAGUCCCAGUGUGAUCAGAGGGGGCUGGACUACAGCAGCAAGGUCUUUGAAUCCCUCAGUAAAAGGGCCUGGAUGGAUGUUCUACUGCAGACCUACAAGGUGCUAGUCCUGCCGCGGGUGACAGAGGGUCCCUUGUCCCUGGGCCUCCAGAGCUGUGACAGUGGCAGCAUGGAGCAGCAGGUCCCCAGGAUAGACCCAAAGCCCCUGACCUCUAACGUCUACUCCACCUGGGAGAGGAGGCUACUCACUUGGCUCAACCUGCACUACCACAGCAUGAGGACUACCGUCUGGAGCCCACUCACCUCUACAGGAGACGUCCCAUCAGCCCGCUGGGUGGUGAACUUUGACCUGGACCUGGCAGACGGCCUGGUUCUGGCUGCUGUGCUGGCUGCCUACUGUCCCUUUCUGAUCCCCAGUCAUCUCCAGAGGAUGUACACCAGCAUCAGCCGUCUGGAACAGAACCUCCACAACAGUAUCAUCCUCAGCCAGGCCUUCACACUGCUCUGCCUGGACAUAGACAUCCAGCCCACAGAGCUGUCAGACUCGAACCCUGUUCUGAUGUUGAUGCUGUGUGUUUACCUGUAUGAGACGCUGCCCCAGUACCUUCCCAGGAGAACCAUCACUCUGUCUGGCAGCCUGCACCACACCUUCACCAAACAGGUGCGUCUGAAGAGCCCGUCCUCCAGAGCGAUGUUCUACCAUGCCUCCAUCGUAGGGAAGGAGGCCCAUCAUUUCUCCUUGCCCCAAGGAGCUUCCAUCACCAUCCCUCCUAAGGGGCGUUGUGUGGAGGUGACCGUGCAGUACUCCUGUUCCUUCCUGAGGCCAAUGGAGGCGGUGCUACUGCUGACAUCACGCUCUGCCUCCUCAGUCAGUCCCUCUGGAGCCACUCUGGCCUUCAGCCUCAAGACCCAGGUCACACACAUCACCCCCAGCGGGAUAGUGAAGUGUACAUCUCCAUGUUACCAGCUGAAGGAGCUCCAACUUAAAGUAAAAAACCCUUUCACCAAAGAUGCCACGUUCAGGGUGGUGUUGGUAGAGUCUAAAGCCAACAUGCUGCAGGUGGAGAAGAGUCAGGAGAGCCUCAUUCAACAGUUCUCCUUUAGGACCAACCCAACUAACAACAUAGUCUCUCUCUGUCUCUGUAUCAGUCUUUCUACAGAUAGGUUGAAUGGUGGAACUGACUGUGGUGAGUGGGAGGACAGUGACCUUCACUGUGAUCCUGCAGAUGAGUGUGGUGUGAAUGAGUUCUUCAGUCCUGUCAGGAGUGUGAGUCUGGCGGCUGGACAGACAGAAACCAUAGAGCUCCACUACCUGCCCUUCCACCUGGGGAAAAGACACUGCUCCGUCCUGCUAGUCAGCCAGCAGGUAUACAGGGCCGUGUGUGUGUGUGCUGGUGAGCAGGUGUAUCUUGUGGAGGGGACAGCAGAUCUUCCCCUGUCCUCCCCUCUGACCACAAAGCCCAGUCCUAAUGUAGUCCAUGUUAGCAGCGCCACCUCUGAUGGUGCUGAUCCCAGGCCUGCGGUGAACCUGCGUUGCGGCGUGGGCAGCACCCUGGAUGAGGUGGUGUGUGUCCCCCUGGUUAACGGGCUGUGGGAGCGGGCGCUGGCCACAGUGGGGCAGCAGAGGAUGAGCCCUGUGGAGAAGAAGAGGCGCAGCCUCACACACACUCUGGACAGCAGCACCGUCCGGGCCGGGGUGGCGGCCGCUGCUCUCACCACCUCACAGUCUCUCUCCUCUCCUCCAGUCCCUGCUGGUCCCUGGUCCAGUCCAGUCCCAGGUGGUAGAGUACAGUCUGACCGUCUCUCUCCUCUCCUCCAGUCCCUGCUGGUCCCUGGUCCAGUCCAGUCCCAGGUGGUAGAGUACAGUGUGAAUGUUUCUCUACCGGAACACUUCCUCCUGCCUCAUACCAUCACUCUGCCUGUGGCCAGGGACGCACGGGUCACACAGGACAACCUCACAGACUCUGAGGUGGUGAUGGUACCACUGAGGUUCCAUGCCCACGUGGCCGGUCGGUUCCGGUGCCAGCUGGUUCUGCAGUCGUGGCGUGACAUCAGAGUCUACCUGCUGGAAGCCGUGGUUACCGCAGAGGGAGACCACGCCCAGCUAGAGUUCACCACGCCCGCUCACCUGUCUGUCACUCAGGACAUCCCUCUGAUCAAUGAGAGCAGACAGGACUGGCGUCUGCAAGGCUUGGUUAGUGGCUGUGGCUUCUACGGCCCUCCUGUGGUGUACAUACGGGCCGGGGAGAAGACCUGUUACCCCCUUACCUUUAGACCCACCACACAGAGCAUCGUCACGGGCAGGCUGUCCUUGCUGAAUGACACAGAUGGGACGGAGCACAGCUUCACCCUGAGAGGGGUGGGGGAGCGGUCCCUACCCCUGGACCACGUGGUGAUACACUGCUCUGUCAGACAGGUCACACACAGCACCCUGCAGGUCCCCAACUACAGCCAGCACCCCCUCACCUGUCAGGUGGUAUCAGACCUCUCCAUCGUCAGUGGACCGCCCACCUUGGACAUCAAACCAGGUCAUACCGUCCCCUACACCGUGUCUGUGUCACCAUGGAAACGAGGGAAACAUACAGGGUCCAUGUCAUUCCUAGCCGUGGAGAGUGAGACAGGAACAGGAAAUGAGUCCAGGCAAUAUGAGGUGUGGUUCUCUAUAGAGGUCAUAUGUGAUCCUGCUCCUCCCCUGAAGGUGCUGGCUGUGCACUGUGCUGUUCAGAGCUCUGUUGCCGUGGAGAUCCCCCUUAGUAAUCCGGAGGCGGAGCCGCUUGAGCUGUGGGUGUGUCUGGAGGGAGAGGACCUGAGUGGAGACACCCUGGUGUGUGUCCCUCCCCAGAGCAGUCUCAACUACACAGUCACCUUCUCUCCUGCUGUAGUAGGGAAGAGAACAGACAGUGUGGUCUUCCAGUCGGAGCUGGUGGGAGAGUUCUGGUACCAACUGGACCUGCUGGCCCAACCUCCUGUACUCACCACCUUACCACAGAGCAGCUGUGAACUGGGAAAGUGGACCAGGCUGUACAUCCCACUGGUCAACCCCACAGACGAGACACUGGAGCUGGGCACGGUCAACAGCAACCCUCGCAACUUCACCCUGGAGCUGGACGCCAGCAGACCACUCAUCAUAGCACCACACUCGUCCACCCAGGUUCCUGUCCGUUUCAGCCCAUCAACCAUCGGAGCUGGAAACCACACAGCCAAGAUCUCCUUCACCUGCUCUCAGUUGAAGCACUGGAGUUUCCAGCUUUGUGGUGAAGGCCUGACCCCUGGGAGGAUGGAGCCUCUGUCUGUAGCCUCCCCUGUGGGAUCUCAUUCCUCCAUCAUCCUCCCCUUCAGGAACCCUACUGAACACCCAGCCCUGCUGCACCUCAGACUCACAGACGAGGAGCCCGGUCAGAAGAGAUCAAGCCAGUCCUUCAUCUGUGACAGGAAAGUGUUCUGCAUCCCCCUCAAACAGACACAAGGUGUGCGUGUGUCUGCGGGGGCCAGUGUGGACAUUCCUGUGGUGUUUGCCCCUGACUCCAUGCAACUGCACCAGGCCUGGCUCCUGGUUCAGCUAGAGCCCCUCUUCAACCUCCCCCGCCUGGACUCACCACUCACCACGGCCCAAAGGGACAAGUGUGUGGAGGUAGAGAAAGACCGGGUGCGUUUGGUCCGCUGGGUCUACCCCAUCCAUGGCAUCCCAGAGGCCCCUCCUGAACCCUCUCAUCCAGCGGUGAUAGAAUGUGAGGCUCGCGGUCGAGUGGAGGAGAGAGUGGAGGUGCUGUUGACGGGAUGUGUUCCUGGCUCCUCCGUCAGCAACACAGACACAACUCUCAUCAGGGCCCCCUCCUCCGCCAGCAACACAGACACAACUCUCAUCAGGGCCCCCUCCUCCGUCAGCAACACAGACACAACUCUCAUCAGGGCCCCCUCCUCCGUCAGCAACACAGACACAACUCUCAUCAGGGCCCCCUCCUCCAUCAGCAACACAGACACAACUCUCAUCAGGGCCCCCUCCUCCAUCAGCAACACAGACACAACUCUCAUCAGCGCCCCCUCCUCCGGAACCUCAGCAGGCUUCAGGCUGGCUCUAGAAGACUUCCUAUGUGAGGUGUGUUAUAACAGUGAUGCUGAGCGGUCCCAGCUGGAGGGCUGUGUAACCCUGUCUCUACUGAACUGUCACAGAGACCCCCACUCUGGCAUCGUCUCUCUCACCAUCAACCUCAUCUUCACCCCUUACAAACCUCUCAGGUGUUCAGCUGUGCUGGCGGUUCAGUGUUUGACAGGUGGGCUCUGGAAGUUUCCCAUCAGCCUCAUCUCCACCGAGCCGCAGGUUGAUGAUGUCAUCACCAUUAACGCUGCAGGGCUACACAAGACCUCUGCUGUGGGCUUCAGACUGACCAGCCAGACCAGGUACCCAGAGCCAUUCACAGCAGGGUUCCUGCCAGGUGGAGGCAGUGAGUUCCAGGUGUGUCCCUCCUCAGGUGAGCUCCUCCCAGUGGGGUCAGCCGGUACCCUCCUCACCGUCUCCUUCACCCCCUCCAUGUACAGCAAGAGACACCACGCUACGCUGCUGGUCCAGACAGCAGACAUGCAGUGGACGUACGAGGUGAAAGGAACCACGCCUGCUUACACCCCACCCCACUCUGCCUCCUCCAAUGGGAACACCUCUUCCAGGGAACUCCCUCCCACUGAUGUCCGCCAGAGGAACUUUGUGUCACGGAACCUUCAUCUCCCAGCCAUGGCCAACUCCUCCCCCAUCAAACACAGAGCCUCCGCCUCGCAGAUCAGAUAGAGAGAUCCUUCUCACACUACACCCCCACCCCAUUCCUGUGUCAUUGAAAUGAUCAUACAGGAGGUUUGAAUAAUUAAAGUGCCUGUACUUCACCUCGUUGUCAUAAUUAGAUUUCUGUUGACCUCUGACCAUAUGAACAUUCUUUUAUGCACUUGGCAUGACUUUGGAGACGUUCUCAGUCUGUUCUCAAAUGAGAUGUGUGUGUUUGGAGACGUUCUCAGUCUGUUCUCAAAUGAGAUGUGUGUGUUCAUAUGCAUGUGGGGGUGAAAUCCCUCUUGUCAUCCAGGCCAGUGAACCAGGGGUCUUUCUCUCACCCUGAAUUCCAAGACGGAUGAUCUCCCCUCUGAUUACUUAUCAUGUAGUCUUAACUGGAUGAAAUAACAGACUCUGGUUUAGAGACAGAGAGAGAGAGAGACAUUAUCUCAUUUAUUUAGGCAGCAUUAAUAUUCACUUGUAUCGAUCAUAUCAGAGCAAAGGUUUGGAUUAGGGAAUAGAUUGAUCCUGGAUCGAGAUUAGAAGGUUUGGAUUAGGGAAUAGAUUGAUCCUGGAUCGAGAUUAGAAGGUUUGGAUUAUGGAACAGAUUGAUCCUGGAUCGAGAUUAGAAGGUUUGGAUUAUUACUGUCUCUGUCCAUUAUCACGUUGUACUGAACUCUACCUGAGACUGUCUCUGUCCAUUAUAAUGUGGUACUGAACUCUACCUGAGACUGUCUCUGUCCAUUAUAAUGUGGUACUGAACUCUACCUGAGACUGUCUCUG